CCUCCACGAAGUGAUAGCCCAUUUUAUCAUGAAGUAGAAGAAGCAGAGCAACCCAAAAAUUCGCUCGCAUAUCACCAAACCUUUCAUCGGCCAUGGCGGUUCGAGCCACUGUGGGCAGCUGCUCAAUCUUCCGCUCCGCCUCCUCUUCCGCUUCCUCCCCCACUCUCCUUCCUUUCCGCUGCUGCCCUUGCCAUUUCACUACUCUCCAGUUCCGCCGACUCUCCAAAUUAGGCAUUCGCUUCCCGAUAUUUCGGUCCGGUAAGCUAGCUCCCGGCCAUGGCGGCGGCGUUCAAAGCACCUCCGUCCACAGCCUCGUCGAUAGCGUCAUGGAAGAGCUCGGCGCCCUGCGCAGACGGAGACUAGUUCCCGCUGCCGCCAAGGUGGAGCUGACAAGUAGUGGUGGGAUUGUAGAAGAUAAGCUUGUGAGCCGGACGCUGCAGCAAGGGUUGCUGCUUGAAUUCAAGAAGGAUGCAGAGAGAGUGUUGCUGGCCGUUGCGCAGAAGCCCGAUGGCAAGAAGAACUGGAUGGUGUCCGAUCAGAAUGGUGUUACAUCAUCGAUUAAACCACAACAGAUUACAUAUAUUGUUCCCGGUGUUGAGAAUUUUGACCACACAGAGAUAUCAGAAUUUAUUCAGAAAGCUCAAGCUAGCUCGGAUCCAGCACUGCUUGAAUUUGCUUGGGUUGAGCUCCUUGAAAAGAAUAAGCGGGUGACGGCAGAAGAAUUAGCUGAGAUGAUAUUUGGUAGUGUGGAGCCUCUUGAAUGCUACUGUGCUCAUCUGUUGCUUUCAGAAGACGAAGUAUACUUCACUGUUCUGGAGACAAAAGGUUCUCGCUCUAUAUAUGGACCUCGACCUGCUGUACAGGUUGAGGAACUUCUGCGUAGGAAGCUCGCAAAGGAGGCUGCUGAGAAAGAACUGCAGGAGUUUAAACAAUUACUGAAAUCUGCUAAGGCAAUGCCUUUAAAUGCUAAACCUCCCAAAACUUCUUGGUUGGCUGAAGAGAAAAUCAGACACAAAAUUGAGUCUCUUGAAGCUUAUGCUAUUGAUGCCUGCACAAAUGAUGACCAAAGGAAAGCAGCCGGAACAAUCCUAAGAACAAUGGGGAUGGUAAAAACAGCCUCAUCAGCUUUGAAUCUCCUCAUAGACAUUGGGUAUUUUCCUGUACACAUGAAUCUUGACCUGUUGAAGUUGAACAUCCGUACUGAUCAUUCAGAUGAAGUUAUAGCAGCUGCAGAACAUCUUCUGUCAGAUUCAUCUGAUUUAGAUGUGAUUGAAAGGAGAGAUCUCACUCACUUGAAGGUCUAUGCUAUUGAUGUGGACGAGGCUGAUGAGCUCGAUGAUGCCCUGAGUGCAAUGAGGCUACAAGAUGGACGCAUUAAAAUAUGGAUUCAUGUUGCAGAUGCAACUAGGUUUGUCCAACCUGGGAGCAUAAUAGACAGGGAGGCAAUGAGAAGAGGAACUUCUGUAUUCUUGCCCACUGCUACUUAUCCUAUGUUCCCGGAGAAACUUGCCAUGGAGGGAAUGAGUUUGCAACAAGGAGAGAUUUGCAAUGCAGUUACUGUAUCUGUGGUGCUGCACUCCGAUGGAAGUAUUGCAGAAUAUUCAGUGGACAACUCAAUCAUUAAACCAACAUACAUGUUAACAUAUGAGAGUGCAUCUGAGCUUCUUCAUUUGAACCUGCAAGAAGAGGCUGAACUGAAAAUCCUGUCUGAGGCUGCAACUCUCCGGUCAAUAUGGAGACGAGAACAGGGCGCAAUUGACACAGCCACAUUGGAAGCACGCAUCAAAGUGGUAAAUCCAGAGGAUCCGGAGCCUGUUAUUAAUUUGUAUGUAGAAAACCAGGCAGACCCUGCAAUGCGACUUGUCACUGAGAUGAUGGUACUCUGCGGAGAAGUUAUAGCCACUUUUGGUUCUAGAAAUAACAUUCCUUUACCCUACAGAGGACAACCCCAGUCCAACAUCGACACCUCUGUAUAUGCACAUCUUCCAGAAGGACCUGUUAGAAGCUCUGCUCUUGUUAAACUAAUGCGUGCUGCUGAAAUUGAUUUCAGAAAACCUAUACGUCAUGGAAUUUUAGGACUUCCGGGUUAUGUUCAGUUUACAUCUCCCAUCCGUAGAUAUAUGGAUCUACUAGCUCACUAUCAGGUGAAAGCAUUUCUUGCAGGGGAAUCUCUUCCUUUCUCGGCUGGUCAGUUGGAGGGGAUGGCAUCUAUUGUAAACAUGAAUGUUAGAGUAGCAAGGAGGCUCUUUAGCAGCAGUCUUCGCUACUGGAUAUUAGAAUAUCUGAGAAGACAGCCAAAAGAAAAAAAAUAUCAUGCGCUGAUUCUUAGAUUCAUUAAGGAUCGGAUUGCAGCCAUAUUGUUAGUUGAGGUGGGACUUCAAUCUUCCGUGUGGGUAUCCGUGGGAGCCCAAAUUGGAGAUGAAGUUCUUGUUCGGAUAGAAGAAGCUCAUCCACGGGAUGAUGUGCUUUUACUUAAAGAGGUGGUCAUUUGAGAGACAAAGAGCCAUUCGUUUCACCGGAUUUUGUUAUCAAAGAGACGUAUAGUCGCUGAUGUGACAAUGAUCUCUAUGGGCAAGCAAUGUUCUCUUGUUACACCAUCUGUGAGGAGUUAUUGUAAGCAUCGUCAUCUGCAGCAGAUGAUGCCCAAGCAUUAUUGGAAAACCGUCAAAUAUGAGGAACAGGAAUUCGCUUCAAGACCUUAGCUCCACAUGUGCCCCGUACUCUGCUUGUUUUUCUGUGGGCGCGCUAUUGGCAUCCAAUCGAUUGGGAUGUAUAGCUCAAUACAUGGCAGAAAUCGUAGGUCAGCAUUUCCUAACAAGUUUUGUGUAUUUCUGGUGUCGAAUUUUGAUUGAUUUUAGAAGUAAGCAUAUCUAAAUCAGCUGUUCAAUUCGUAACUAGCCGAAGUUUGAGAAAUAGUAUAUGAAUCAGAAAAUUUGAAGAUGUCAGGACAGACAGUGGUUUAAGUUUGCAUAGCCGAAGUUUUGAGAAAACUGGAGAUACUUCCGAAUCCUUGUAAUAAUGAAUGUCUUUGUUACUUUUC